GUUUUUAAGCGUUCAUUUCCUUUGUCUAACAUCUGCAACAACAAGCCAAGGCCAAGCUUCUUCCUUUUGAAUCCGACGGCAUCAGUUCACCUCGUAGCUUCUUCCUCCUGUCGGGCGGCGCAUAAGAUUCUUUGUUGGCCUCUCCCUUCCCAUUUCUUUUCCGUUAUUUAGAGAGAUACCGAUGGCUUCUCGAUUAUUCGCGACAGCCGCCGAGAAAAUCGGGCCCGCUGCUAUAAGGCGGCAAGCUCUGUCUUUGACCGAAGCAGCCGCCUCCAGAAUACGCCACCUUCUUCAACAACGCAAUAGACCCUUCCUUCAAUUGGGUGUUAAGGCACGCGGCUGCAACGGCUUAUCCUACACCCUCAAUUACGCCGAUGAGAAAGGAAAGUUCGAUGAAUUGGUUGAAGACAAGGGUGUGAAAAUACUGAUUGAUCCUAAAGCUUUGAUGCAUGUAAUUGGAACCCAGAUGGAUUUUGUGGAUGAUAAACUCAGGUCUGAGUUCGUUUUUAUCAACCCAAACGCUAAAGGUCAAUGUGGAUGCGGUGAAUCUUUCAUGACUACAGCUGGUUCUAGUGGUGGAGCUGCUAAACAGGGUAGUACUUAAGGAUUUUGAAAACCUUUUAAUAUGUCUUAAAAUAUCUUGCUUGAUUCCAGGGAGCUCUUAAAUCUGCCCUUCGAAAUAAACCGAAAGGUAUAUGUUACUAGCUUUUGUGGCAGAUGUUGGCAACUAAUUGUACGAGUAUAGGUGGCAUAUAGAUUCAGUAUUGCCAUAUAACAC